AUGACUCAGCACCCAUCUGAGGACAAUGAUGUAGUUGAUAGCAGUGACAGUGGAGGAGGUGAUGGUGAAGGAAGUGGCCUAGAGGAUGAAGAUGUAGUGAAUCCUGAGGAGAGGGAGUUUGUGGAGGAUAGUAGUGAUAGUUGGGAUGGUUCUGAUGAGGAUGUUACUGAACCAGUACAAAUGGGUGCUGGUGUAAUAAACUCUAAUUAUGAGAGUGAGGAGCUGCACAGUCUUGAGGAAUUAUCAUAUGAUGAUGAUAUUGGGGAUGAUACUGAUAGCUCUGAGGAUGAACUAAAAACACUUGUGGGUAAGGGAAGGGGACAAAAGAGGACCUUCCUAAUGUUCAAGCCAGUUGCUAAGGCUGAACAUAUCAGAUUUGAGAAAGAUAUGUUGUUCACAACACCUAAACAAUUUAAAGAAGCUAUAACUAAUUAUGCAAUUCAUGGUGGCUGGGGGAUUAGGUUUGUAAAAAAUGAUUUGCAGAAGGUAAAAGCAGUUUGCCAUGAAAACUGCAAGUUUGUGGCAUAUCUAGCAAAGGGGUUGGUGCAGACCUUCAUUGAUAAUUGGCCACAAUAUGAGCAUAGGAUCUACUGCAGACACCUCUACAAUAAUCUCAAGAAAAAUCAUCCUGGUGUUCUAAUCAGAGAGUUGUUUUGGAAAGCAGCCAAAGCUACUUAUAAAGCUGAGUUUGAUAGGCUGAUGGAUGAACUGAAGGGAAUUGAUGAGGAUACACACAGUUGGUUGCAAGAUCAUUCAACCACCAUAUGGGCCAGACACAUGUUCAGUGAGGAUGGGUUGAGUGAUACAGUACUGAACAACAUGUGUGAAAGUUUUAACAACAGGAUUCUGAAGUUUAGAUCUAAGCCUAUAAUUACUAUGCUAGAGUCCACCAUGUUAUAUCUUAUGACUAGAUUUCAAGAUAACAAACAAAAGAUCAUGAGAGUGGAAUCAGAGGUAUGCCCUAAAGUGCUUAAGAGGUUGCAUAGGGAAAAGAUUGCAAGCAGCAGGUGGUUUCCUUGUUGGGCAGGUCAUUCACAGUUUGAGGUUAAAAGUGAACUGCAAAACUUCACUGUGGACAUAGAAAAAAGAAAUUGUAGUUGUAGGAAAUGGAAUACGACUGACAUACCAUGUGCCCAUGCAAUUUCCUGUAUAUUCUUCAAUAGGCAAGAUGCUGAGCAGUAUGUGCAUAGGUGUUUUCAUGUCUCCACAUAUAAAACCUGUUAUGAGCCAGUAAUUGCACCUAUCAAUGGGCAAAAUAUGUGGAGGCCCAAUGGUGUCCAACCUUUUCAGCCUCUUAUCAAAAGAAGAUCACCUGGCAGGCCCAAGAAGAAGAGGACAAGGGAGGCUGGUGAAGCAGCAGGUAGGAGAGUUGGUAUCUCCAAACAAUGUAGGACCUGUGGUAAAAUAGGACACAAUAAAAGAAGUUGUAAGGGUGAGGUUGGAGGAAACUCUUCCCUACCAGACACCACAAACAAAACCAGUGCAGCCAAAAAGACCAACAAAUGUAGAAAUUAUUCCAACAUCAAUCAGCCAACAGGACAAGCUCAAGCUCAACCAAGCUCCAUUUGCACCACCUCAGCCAUCUGUAUCAUCCCAGUCCACUAUGCACACCUUCACUCCUGGUGCAGCACCUCAGCCAUUGCCAUCAUUUCAGUCCAACAUGCACACCUUCACUCCUUAUGCAUUUCCUCAGCCAUGGACAAGCUUUUUUAG